GGGGAGGGAGGGGAGCGCGCGGCUGGACGGGGCAAUCACGCGCGCGCCGCUCCAGUACCCCGGCGCGCCAGUGGUCGUCAUGUGUCCGUCGGUGCCGGUGCUGCUGGCGACUCUCCUGGUGGCCGCGCCGGCCGCCGGCUCCCCGCUCGGCUGUCGGGACCAGAACGGAGCCGCCGUCGACUGGUACGUCCUCUACAAGCUGCCCGUCAUCCACGACACCGGAGCGCCGUUUGUCAGUGACGGUGUCGGAUUCCUGCACUUCUCGGCGGCGUCGACGGGCGAGCGGUGGACGCUGUCGGACGUACCCAUAAACGACUCGCUCUCCGCCGCCGGACGGACGCUGGAGCCGCUCUAUCAGCACACGUUGAACAAGAGCUUCAUCUACGCCUUCUACAACGACGAGCACCCGGACGGGCCAACCAGCUUCACAAAGGGCCACACCAAGGGCGUGGUGGCGUUUGACGGCGACCAGGGUUUCUGGCUGGUGCACAGUGUGCCGCACUUCCCACCGCCGCCGGGUCAGCGCUAUGGCUACCCGCACACGGGCCACCACUUCGGGCAGAGCUUCCUGUGCGUGACGCUGUCGUCCGACCAGCUGGAGACGGUGGCGCGGCAGCUGCUCUUCAACGAGCCCUACCUGUACGCCACGCAGCUGGCGCCCGCUCUGAAGGCGCGCUACCCGCUGAUGGCGAGGGUUGUGGCAGGGAAGAGGCGCUCCCGAUCGCCCUGGUUCAGUGUGCGCCCGCUCACCACCGCCGCCAAUCUGUCCCUAGCCACCUUCGCCAAGGCGCGUCAGUUUGGCAAGGACCUGUACGCGGACCUGGUAGCACCUGCCACCCGUGCGGACCUCCUCACCGAGACCUGGAUGAACGGACCUCACGCCGACCUGAUGAAGUCGGAGUGUUCGCUGGCCUUCCACGUACAAAACGUGCGGGAUAUCUCGGUGACGGCGGAGCGCGCCGCGCCGACCGUCGGCAGGACCACCAUCACGUUCAAGAGCUCCGAGGACCACAGCAAGUGGGCCGUCUCCGAGGACGCCGCUCGGCCCUGGGUGUGUGUGGGAGACAUCAACAGAAUGCUGACUCAGGAGGAGCGGGGCGGUGGCACCGUGUGCCGCUGGGACCCCGUGCUGUGGAGGCUCUACUCGCAGCUGGUGGCCGCGGUAGAGCCGUGUCCCGGCAAACAGCCCGUCAACGUGUACCGCCGACGGCCGUAGGGACCGCGGUCACUGGUCGUCUCUGUAUACUGGGGGAGGGUGGGUUCGGUUCGAUCAACGAAACCGGUUGGAGCGAUGGUGAGUCAUGCCCACUAUCAGAAACGGUCAAAUAGGAUAGCCAACUUUGUUUGUGCAACUGAUGGUGUUUGGGCUGGUAUGCCUGUGGUUCCGGCUUUCAUUCAAGAUCGUUUAGUAGCUUCAGCGUAGCAUAUACGCUCUAAGAUGUGUUCCAAUAUCGCCUCAUCAGUGGUUGAGUCAAAAGAUUGACUCUCACUUUGUCGUGCUUGUGUGUGGUAUGCUGAGUGAACGGCGUCGUCUACAACUGAUCGUUCUGCUCGUUCGACAAUUGAUGAUCACGUUUUGCACCGCUAUGAUGCUCAUUUAAUACAUUUCCGGUCGUUUUU